UCAUCGAAUUCUACACUGCCCUGUACGUCCAUGGUUUACAAUGAGCGCUAUUUAUUUUUUCUUAAAUCGGACGAGGAGGAACAAGGGCUUAUUGUUUGGAUUAUUUCUAGUUCUGUCGAUUUUGAUUUUGUCAACAAAGAGGGAGAGCAAUAAUUCUGUCAUCUAUAACCAAGGGUAUGUGAAAUCCUUCCAAGAAUGGCAGACCAAAGCAUCUCUGGAGUUAAAGCAAUUCAUAGGGAGUGGUCCCAUGCCCGUGGUAAUUCUGACGUAUAUGAGGAGCGGAUCAUCCUUUUUUGGGGAGGUUCUUCAAGCCAGCGAUGACGUCUUCUAUCUAUUUGAACCACUGAGGACUAUUCAAUUUCAUUUCAGAAAGAGCAAUACUUUUUAUUACCUUAACGGCAACAACAGAUCGUAUACAAAUUUUCUGGAUAUUGCAGCAGACGUUCUAAACGAAAUAUUUCAAUGUAAUUUCGAAAAUCUGCCUCUCCCCUUUUUUGCCGAUGGGUUUUUAAGCAAAGGAAAGAAAUCAAAAGAAUUUCGAGUGUGCAUGCAUCAGAAAACAAAGAAUACUAGUUUAAAUGAAGCGACAAUGCAAUGCGCCCUGAUGAUGAAAAAAAUGUGCCAGGCUUCAAAAUACAUUAUCCUUAAAACAAUUCGCAUUCCACUGAAAAUUUUGGUUCCGUUUCCAGAAAUAUUUCCGAAAUUUAAGAUUCUUCAUCUUCUUCGAGAUCCCCGAGCCACUCUGAAAUCACAGUCUCGUUUUGGCGUGGUGAGAACAGAGUAUAUGCAGGAAAAUGCUACAAAGUUUUGCAAUCGAGUAUACAAUGAUAUUACAAUAGCUAGGCAAACCACGUCCAUAGCCGACGGUCGGUAUUUUCCAAUUUCGUACGAAAAUUUGGCAAAAUAUCCAUUUGAGAUGGCAGCUAAUGUGUACAAUUUCCUUGAAAUGGAAGUCAAUGCAGAUAUGACAUCACGUGUGGAAAAAUUAACAAUGGCAAAGAAGACAUGUGGCGAGUCGAAAAUUGCUAAAACAAUGUGCACCAAGUCCUCCAAUUCCAGCGCAGACGCGGACAAGUGGCGGGGAACGAUACCAUUUCACUUUGUUUCUGUUGUAGACAAUGCUUGCCAGAUGCUGUACAGCAUAGUUGGACUGCAAAGCAUCCCUGAUGAGGUUCAUUUACGGAACUUGUCGUUUUCUUUAAGGAGGGAGACCAUUCCGGACUUUGGUGAUUUCAGAUUCUCAUAACAAUGGUCCAGAACUUUGGUGAUUUCAGAUUCUCAUAACGAUAGUCCAAGACUUUUAUUGGUGAUUUCAUAUUCUCAUAAAGUUAGCCAUUCUUAAAAGUUCUUGUUCUGUGCAUUUCAACGGUAUAAGGUAGUGGUUGUUUAUCGGAAUUCCAGAAAAGCUGUGAUUUACUAUAUACUCUGGAAUCAUUAGCUUUCGUGGUGGCACAAUUUUCGUAGAAUUCGUGGGUAGCUCGCUUUCAUCAAUUAACGUCUUCCAAGAAUUGAUAAAAUAGGGUUAUAAAGUCAAAUUUCCUUUUGUAGGUAUAAGAUAAUAAACGAAAUUACUCCCUCACAAACCUGUAAAAUUUAAGCAAUACAUGAAAACUUGCCCCACGAGAUUUAAUGAUUUCACAGUAAAUUAUGCGUUUUUAAUUAAUCAUAAUGUGUGCUUGAUUUGUCCUUGUGUGCUAUUUAAAGUGUAUGUUUGUUUUUAAAAUGAAACAUAUUUUCUCUACUUUUUAUUCCGAAAACAUGAAGUAUAGGAAAAAUUAUACAUUUUGACGAGUUUUAUCGUCCAUUACUUUAUGCUAUCAUCCUGUUACUUGUUUGUUUUGAUUUAAAGAAUCUUAAA